CCCACACCUCCACACAAACACGGUCCCAGCUCGGCUUGUUCCCCUCCUAGAGAGUGUUUGAACAUGUUUGCUGUUUUUCUGCUUCUCAAACAGAGCAAUGUGAGGUCUUAGUCUGUUUUCUAGCUUUUGGUGGUUGUUCCAGGGUGUCAGUAGUAACCAUUUUCUGCCUGCAUCACGAGCAAAACAAGCUAGUAUAGGAGCUGAGUUAGAUGAGGCUAACUCUGGAGUCACUACUGACCCUUUUGUUUCUCCUGAAAACCACUGAGAAGACUUCCCACAGCAUUCUGGGCUUUUGUCAGAUACUGCUGGGGUUUCACCAGCUUGUCCUGCAAUCAGGAAAUCCCAACAAAUCAUAGGCACCACAAUAUGGCUGCAAGAUUACCCUGAUCCUGCAGCACUUAAACACCAAGCUGCCUGCAUUUCACCAGACAUCCCGAAUAAAACUGCCUUUUUAUAAUAAAGUUCUGACUGGGCCGUAUGUCUGCUUUCAGGAGCAUGAGACCUCCUACAGAGUUCCACCCAUCAAUGUCUGCUGAUUCCCAAGACCAGUUUGUCUCGAACCACGAGGAAGACUCCAGUUCCGAAGAACCAGAAGAACUGCGGUUUGAAAAGACACAGGAUGAACCAAAUGAUGCGCAGAUCAAAGAAGAGGAGAAGGAACUGUUAAUCCAUCGGGAAGAUCAGCAGCUAGAAAUGAAGCAAGAGACUGAGACCCCCUCUGUGGAAACGUCUUCUGAAGAGGAAACGGACGACAGUGAUCUCGACCAAAAUGGGGCUGAACUCCUCUCUCAGAGUCAUGCUAAAGCAGAGGACCAAAACCAGGAAAUAUCUGGUAGCUGUUUGUCGCACUGCUGUGAUGUCUGUGGUAAAGAGUUCAGGAAAAAAAAUCAUUUGACCGACCAUAAGAGAACUCACACAGGUGAGAAGCCCUUCCUAUGCGGGGUCUGUGGCAAGAGCUUCGGCCGAAAAUAUGGGCUUAACAGCCACAUGAGAACUCACACAGGAGAGAAAUCGUAUUCCUGCGACGCGUGUGGCAAGGCCUUUAGUGACAGCGGUCAGCUGAACACUCACGUGAGAACUCACACGGGCGAGAAGCCGUAUUCCUGUGAUUUCUGCGGCAAAAACUUCAGUCAGAAUGGUCACCUGAGGGACCACAUGAGAAUCCACAUAGGUAAGAAGCCUUUCCAGUGUCGGCUCUGCGGCAAAACCUUCAUGAGAAAAAACUGCCUGAAAUGUCACAUGGUUACUCACACUGGUGAGAAGCCCCACACCUGCGAGCUGUGCGGCAAGUCUUACGGCGUCCGCGCUAACUUGACCGCUCACAUGAAGACGCACACGGGCGACAGGCCUUUCACCUGUCUAACCUGCAAGAGAAGCUUCAUCACGAAGUCGGCUCUGAAUAGCCACAUGAGCACCCACUCGGGUGAGAAGCCUUUUUCCUGUCCGACCUGCGGGAAAAGUUUCCGCGAGAAAACCUUCAUGACGGUGCACAUGAAGACGCACACAGAGGAGAAACCGUUCUUGUGUCCCGUAUGUGGGAAGAGGUUCAGUCAAAGGAGGUAUUUGACCAAGCACAAAAGGGGCCACACAGAUGACAAGCCGUACACCUGUGAGGUGUGCGGCAAAGGCUUCUGCCAGAGUUGCGAUUUGACCUCUCACAUGAGAACCCACACAGGAGAGAAGCCGUUUCCAUGUCUGACCUGUGGAAAGAGUUUUGGUAAAAAAAGUAAUUUAAAUAUACACAUGAGAACUCACACAGGCGAAAGGCCCUUCCAGUGUCAGACGUGUGGGAAAGGUUUCAGAGAAAAAACAUCUUUGAACAGACACACGGAAACUCAACACCCAUAAAAAAAAGUAUAAUUUCUGACAUGAGUAAUUUGACUUCCACGCCUCUGUUGAGUCUGGCUUGACGUGAAUAAACUCUAACCCUGAGGGAAAAAAGUGCUUUCCUGAAAAAAUUCAGAUUAAAACAAAACUUUUCCGUAGAUGAUGGUCACAUAAUACCGGUUCAUCUUAGCUAAUUAGAAGAUCAUCAAAAAUGUAUUUCUUUUAGUUAUGUAAUUAAAAAAGGGAAAUGCAGUUAUUAUGUAGAUUGAUUACACACAGAUUGAUGUUUCAAUAGUUCAUAUCUGUUGUUUUUGAUGAUUGUGGCCAAUAGCUAAUGAGAAAAAAUUAAACCCACACUAACUCCUGACAAAAUUGGAAUAUUAUAUAACACCAGUGAAAAAGAUUUUUACUACAGAAGGGUUGGUUUGCUCACACUGCACAGGACAAAUAUCCGGUCGGAUGUCCUUUGGCAUAAACUACUGUAUCAAUGUUCUGCUGAGGUGUCUAGGAAACCCAGGUUGCUUUAAUAUGGGCUCUCUGCUCAUGAGCUCAUCUGCUCAUAGGUUGAUGCCUAUUAUCUUCCUCCUGAUAAUACUCUGCAUGGCGUUUAGGUCAGGCAGUUGCUGGACAGUCAGCCUGGUUAUUACAGCAGGUAUUAGUAAUUUUGGCAGGUUCCAAGUAAAAAAAAAAGGAUAUCUAAGCAAACUGCAGAAGUAAAACUUCCUGAUGGAUGACCUAAGUGUCUGUGGGCUUGGGAUACAAUUCAGGGGACCAACAACAGGUACCAUGGCUCGCCAAUUUAUUAGUGGCAGUUCAGAAAUUACACUGGACCUCAAUCAGUAUGAACUCUGAGCCUGCGUGCUCCUCUUUCAUACUACGGAACAUGUAAAUGCAAUGCUAACUCUAAAUUUUAAGAGAUGACCCACCGACCAACAGUCCAGUGGUUCUGUUUAUCCUAGGUGAGACACUGGUUUGGAGUUGGCUUAUAACCAGGAACGUGACAGCCGUAGCUCAUGUCCUGGCUGUUAAAGCACAGGUCACAGUCCACACCUUAUGAAUUUCACCCAAGCAAAUAUGUUUUUUUUUUCUUCCACUUAACCUUCUAUCAAUAGUCCUGGAUUUACCACUUGUGGCUUAUUCCUCCAUGUGGAGGGUGUUAGUCACUGUUAGCUGGAGGGCUGUAAAGUAAGCACUCUCCCGUAAUCGUCUAGGUCACCAAAAUAAAAUGUCUGUAUUUAAAAAAGUCCUUUUAAGGUUUAUGUAAUAUACUAAUGUAAACCAUAAGAAUCAUCAAAAUGAACAAAAACGAAUGCUUGAAAUAUAUAAAUCUGGCUGUAAUGCAAUGAGUUUCACUCUGACUCCUUUUACUGAAAGAAAUUAACUUUUUGAUAAUGUUAAAAAAAACUUUAGACGCUCCUGUAUAAUUGUGUUUUAUGAGGUGUUCUCUGCAUGUUAUUGCCAUUUUAUUUUUUUACGUUUAUAUAGAAAUGCUGCAUAUUUUGCUAGUAUUUUUGAGUAACAAGAACAGAUGGAAAAUGUCAAUUGUGCGAGAACAGAGGUGUGUUAAAUGAACUGUCUGACACUAAAUUAUCCCUGUCCUGGAAAUCUCACUUAGUGCUUAAAGCUCUAUAAAUGUUGUCCAUUUAAGAAGGAUUAUCCUCAGAUUGUUUUAAAAUGUACAUCCUUGGAAACUUUCAACAUGCAAAUUAAAGAAGUGGAUCCCUACAA